ACAAAAUUUCCGCAUUGGCCAUUUCACUUCACUGGCUCUUUUACCUGCCGGCCGGCCAAUCGCCUUGUAGAAACCGAGGCCUCUCAUUUGUCCAUAUUCAUCGGACUUCAAUUUCACCGCCUUUGAGGAUUCUUCUACAAAUAAACCACCGACACAUUGGCGAAUUGCUUUGGAAAAUGGCGAAGCUAACGAGUUUAGCUUCUGCUUUGCUAUGCCUAUGCGCUUCUCUUUUGCUUUGUUUCAAUGGAAAAGUCUGUGGCGCGUACGUGAAGUACAACACUCGAGCCGGCGUUGUGGCCGGCAAACUGAACGUUCAUUUGGUUCCUCAUUCCCACGACGACGUCGGAUGGUUGAAGACUAUUGAUCAGUACUAUGUUGGAUCAAAUAACACUAUCCAGGGGGCGUGUGUGGAGAAUGUGCUGGAUUCGGUUGUGGAAGCGUUGCUGCGUGAUCCGAAUAGGAAGUUUGUGUUUGCGGAGAUGGCUUUUUUCCAACGAUGGUGGGUAGAACAAAGUGUGGCAACACAAGAAGUAGUGAGAAAUCUUGUAGAUGCUGGACAAUUUGAAUUCAUAAAUGGUGGUUGGUGUAUGCAUGAUGAAGCAACAUGCCAUUACAUAGACAUGAUUGACCAAACAACUCUUGGUCAUCGUGCAAUAAAGGAGCAAUUCAACAAAGCUCCUCGUGCUGGAUGGCAAAUUGAUCCAUUCGGGCACUCUGCUGUACAAGCAUACCUACUUGGGGCCGAGCUUGGGUUCGACUCUGUACAUUUUGCAAGGAUAGAUUAUCAAGACAGAGCAAAACGGAAGGGUGACAAAUCUCUAGAAGUUAUAUGGCGUGCUUCUAAAAAUUUUGGUUCUUCGUCUCAGAUUUUUGCCAAUGCAUUUCCUGUUCAUUAUAGUCCCCCUACUGGUUUCCAUUUUGAAGUGAAUGAUGACUUUGUGCCUGUUCAGGAUAAUCCUUCACUAUUUGACUACAAUGUUGAACAGAGGGUUAAGGAUUUUAUUAAUGCUGCUAUAAACCAAGCAAAUGUCACACGAACAAACCAUAUCAUGUGGACAAUGGGUGAUGAUUUUCGGUACCAAUAUGCCGAGUCUUGGUUCAAGCAAAUGGACAAAUUGAUUCACUAUGUUAACAAGGACGGUCAAGUUAAUGCCUUGUAUUCUACACCAUCUAUCUAUACUGAUGCAAAAAAUGCAGCAAAUGAAUCAUGGCCACUGAAAACUGAUGAUUAUUUCCCGUAUGCAGAUGGGGCAAAUUCUUAUUGGACUGGCUUUUUCACUAGUCGCCCAGCCUUGAAGCGAUAUGUCCGAGUGCUGAGUGGAUAUUAUUUGGCAGCACGACAACUUGAAUUUUUGGCUGGAAAGAGAUCCAAUGGUCCUAACACUUUCAGCCUCGGAGAUGCUUUAGGAAUUGCACAGCACCAUGAUGCUGUCACCGGCACUGCUAAACAACAUACAACAAAUGACUAUGCAAAACGAUUGUUUAUUGGAGCCUCUGAGGCAGAAGGUGUUGUAAAUGCUGCCCUGUCAUGCCUUACUGACAACAAAUCAAGAGAACAAUGUACGGAGACUACAUUUAAAUUUAGUCAGUGUCCUUUACUCAAUAUCAGUUUCUGCCCACCAACAGAGGAAGAUAUUCAGGAAGGAAAGAGUUUGGUUAUAGUAGCGUAUAAUUCUCUUGGAUGGAACCGUACAGACAUUAUUAAGAUACCGGUUAACGAUGCCAAUCUUGUUGUCCAAGAUUCUUCAGGCAAUACCAUUGAAGCACAAUAUGUAGGUUUAGAUAAUGUUACAGGCAACUUAAGAAACUUCUAUACGAGGGCCUACUUGGGGCUGUCAUUAAAACAAGUCCCUAAAUACUGGCUUCUCUUUCAAGCAUCUGUGCCGCCUCUUGGUUGGAGCACGUACUUCAUUUCUAAAGCAUCUGACAAAGGGAAAAGUAGAAAUGGAUUUUUCUCCAUGAUAGACAGUCCACAGAAUGAGACCAUUGAAAUUGGACCUGGAAAUCUGAAGAUGUCAUUUUCUUCAACUUCUGGACAACUGAUACGUAUUUACAAUACUAAAACAGGGGUUGAUGUACCAAUACAGCAGAGCUAUCUCUGGUAUGGUUCAAACCCAGGAUUCGAUGGCCAGGCUUCUGGUGCAUAUAUUUUUCGGCCUAAUGGGUCUCCUCCAAGUGUUGUUUCAAGAUCAGUGCCUUUAAAGGUCAUUCGUGGACCACUGGUUGACGAGGUUCACCAACAGUUUAAUUCAUGGAUCUACCAGGUUACUAGACUUUACAGAGAUAAAGAGCAUGCAGAAGUUGAAUUCACUAUUGGUCCAAUUCCCUUGGAAGAUAGCGUUGGGAAGGAGGUCAUCACACAAAUGACAGCUAAUAUGGUCACAGACAAGGUGUUUUAUACUGAUUCUAAUGGAAGAGAUUUUCUAAAGCGAGUUCGUGAUUAUAGAGCAGACUGGUCGCUUCAAGUUACUCAACCUGUAGCAGGAAACUACUAUCCUCUUAAUCUUGGAAUUUACACAAAGGAUAAGAAAUCUGAACUCUCAGUCUUGGUUGACCGUGCAACUGGUGGAGCCAGCAUUAAAAAUGGAGAAGUAGAACUGAUGCUCCAUAGGCGUACGCUCAUUGAUGACUCUAGAGGAGUGGGUGAAGCAUUGGACGAAAGCGUGUGCCUUGACAAUACAUGUGAAGGAUUAACGGUUCGGGGAAAUUAUUAUGUAAGUGUUAACCAGCUAGGGGAUGGAGCACGCUGGCGCAGAACAACUGGCCAAGAAAUCUAUUCGCCUUUUCUUUUAGCUUUCACCCAUGAGAAUUCGGAGGACUGGAAAGCAUCUCAUUUGACAACAUCAACCGCCAUAGAUUCAAACUACAGCUUCCCUCUCAAUGUUGCUUUGAUUACUCUUCAGGAGUUGGAUGAUGGAACUGUACUCCUCCGUUUGGCACAUCUUUAUGAGGUGGGAGAAGAUACCGAGUAUUCAAAAUUGGCCAAGGUUGAACUGAAGAAGAUGUUUACAGGAAAAAUGAUAAAAGAGGUGAAGGAAACGAGCUUGUCAACGAACCAAGAAAAGUCGAUGAUGAAGAGGAUGACGUGGAAAGUUGAGGGGGACUCCAGCCAGGAACCUACCCCGGUUAGAGGCGGUCCAGUAGAUAAUUCAACUCUCGUUGUCGAGCUUGGUCCUAUGGAGAUCCGCACUUUCUCGUUGAAAUUUAUUCUAUCAUCAUUUUAAUAUAAUUUGGACAGGACCAAUCAAUAAUGUUUUUUCUUUUGACAAUGUUUUUGGACCAUUGUCUAUCUCUUCAAGCUACUGUUAAUUAUAAUUGAGUAAUGCUACGCGGUGCUCAUUAGU